AUGCCAACUCCAUCGACUAAAAAGAAGACAAAGAAAAUCGCCGAAGAUCCGCUAUCGUCAUCUGGAGUCUCUUCACUGUCUGGAAUCUCUUCUUACAAUAUAAGAAAGAUUUCAAUUUACAAAAAUGGCGAUCGCUUUCAUAGAGGAGUUAAAUUUGUGAUUAAUCCGCGAGUUGUCAAAGAUAUGGAACCAUUGCUGAACCAAAUCAAUGAUCGCAUUGAACUCUCCCAUGGAGCCAAGAAGUUAUACACAACGGAUGGAAAAGUGGUUGGUUCAAUAAAAGAGUUGGAAGAUGGGAAGAUUUAUGUGGCCGCUUCCGCUCAAUUCAUUCCAAUGAGAUAUGGGGAGUUUACUGAAAAGGUGUGGAAACCACCGAGCAGGAAACAUAGUCCAAUUAUGAGUUCUGAUCGAAUCAAGACUGCAAGAACGCGUAGUCAGGAUCCGAGUAAACGAAGACAACCACAGAACUCCGGAAACGCUGGAUCCACUACUGGUUCUGGAGUUCAGAGGAGUCGUUCAGUGAGAACUUUGGCAGAGGAUCGCAAGUCUAGACGAGACAUCUCUCAUCCGAAAGCCAAUGGAUCUAAUGCUCCAAUCCCCAAAAAGUUCGACCAACCACGUCCAAAGGCUCCAGCUCCUAAACAAUUCAUUCCAAAACCUAGAAAAACACUGCCUCCGUCGACUACAACCACCAAAAAACCACCGACACCAAAGAGAAAGAUCUCGAAGAAAGUGCUCGGAGCAGCGGCUGGAGUGGGUGUUACAGUGGUCGGAGCAGCUGCUCUUGGAGCCGUCGCUGCGGCAUCGAAAAAGGCGAAACCAACCACUCCGAAACCAAAACCAAUUCCAACAGCAGUUUCGGAUAUAUCAACUGCUUCAUCAGUAAUGCCAGUUCCAAAUGUCGAGUCAUCUGGAGCAGCUGAGAUUUUGGAAUUCCCAGAGGAAGAGAAGAAAAUCGAUAUGGCCAUGAUCCAUCGUACUCCAACUCCUCCUCAGAUUCCAUCUAGAGCAGCGUCGGCGAAGUCGAUAAAGAAACCAGAGACACCGGCAGAAGACAGGUCAGCAAAGAUCUUGGAGGCUAAGAGUGUAUCACAACAACCAACGCCAGAAGAGAGUUCAGAAGAAGACGACGAAGGAAACGAGGAUGAUGAAGAUGAUGAUGUUGAGGACGAUGAAGAAGAAGCUGGAUCAGAAGAAGUUGAGGAGCCAUCGGAUGAGGAAGAAGAGGAGGAUGACGAGGAAGAAGACGAAGAGGAUGAAGAGGAAGAGGAAGAGGAAGAAUCCAGAUUAGGAACUCCAGCCUCCAGACCGUCGUCGUCAGCUCUCUCAUCCGCUGGAUCCCAAGCCGAUGAUAAGGAUAAGCAUGACAAGGAUGAAGAUACCAAAAAGUGA